AUGAAGGCCUCUUUCUCCGUCGCUGCCAUCAGCGCCCUCGCGGCCACCGCCGCCGCCGAGAACUACCUUGGCUUCAACUCCGGUGCUACCAAGGCCGACCGCUCCGCCAAGUUCAAGGCCGACUUCGAGGCCGAGUUCAAGACUGCCCAGGGCCUCGUCGGCGCCCCCGGUGACUUCAACGCCGUCCGCCUCUACACCAACAUCCAGGCCUACUCCACCGACGACCCCAUCGAGGCCUUCGAGGCUGCCAUCGAGACCAAGACCAAGAUCCUCCUCGGUGUCUGGGCCUCCGGCACUGACAACAUCGACAAGGAGAUCAGCGCCCUGAAGAAGGCCGUCGAGAAGUACGGCACCAAGCUGACCGACCUCAUCAUCGGUGCCUCCAUCGGUUCCGAGGACCUGUACCGCAACUCCGUCACCGGCGUCAAGAACAAGUCCGGUGUCGGUGCCGACCCCAAGGUCAUCGUCGCCUUCAUCGACGACUUCAAGAAGGCCUUCAAGGACACCCCUCUGUCCAAGGUCUCCAUCGGCCACGUCGACACCUGGGACGUCUGGGGAAACUCCACCAACAAGCCCGUCCUCGACGCCAUCGACUGGGUCGGUGUUGACGAGUACCCCUACUACGAGAACGACAAGGGCAACGACAUCAAGAACGCCGGAACCCUCUUCGACAAGGCCUACAAGGCCACCAUCGAGACCGCCGGCGGCAAGCCCGUCUGGGUUACCGAGACCGGUUGGCCCGUCACUGGUGAGACCUGGGACCAGGCCGUUCCCAGCGCCCAGAACGCCCAGAAGUACUGGCAGGAGAUUGGCUGCCGCCAGCUCUUCGGCAAGACCCCUACCUUCUGGUACAACCUCCGCGACUCCAACCCCGACAACUCCAUGAAGUUCGCCAUCACCAAGGACCUGUCCACCACCCCUCUCUUCAACCUCACCUGCCCUACCACCUUCGACACCCCCACCGGCACCUCCUCCGCCUCUGCUUCCUCCACCGCUACCGUCAAGCCCGGCAACGGCACUGGCUCUGGCUCUGGAUCCGGUGGUAACAGCACCGUCUCCACCGCCUCUCCCACUGGCACCUCCGGCUCCGACUCUGGCUCUGGUUCCGGCUCUGGCUCCGGCUCUGGAUCUUCCACCACCGGUGCCGCCGGCAGCUCGUCUUCAAACGUCGCCUCCGGCGCCACUGCCGUCCAGAUCUUCUCUACCGGUGCUCUGGCCAUCGUUGCCGGCGCCCUUGCUCUCUUCUACUAA